GAAUUAUCCCUCUUUCUUCUUCUUCUUCUUCAUAUAUAUAAGCCCAGAGAAGUCCCGUGUUCAUCUUGAAUCUCUCUGCGUUUUCUUUCUCCUUUUUUUCUUUGCGUCGCGUUCGUGAAUGGUGGAACCUCUGAUCAAUCUGUUGAUGAUUUCCCCCCUGUCCAGAAGGGGGAUCUCCGCUUCUUCUUCUUUCUCCUUCGGAUCCUGCAAAGAAGGCUGGUACUUCCGCUGCAUCGGCGUCGAUCCUUAGACUAAUCCCUCCGGUCUCGAAAUCUCUCUUCGUUUCCCUCCCGAUCUCCCGAAUUCUUUCGUUUUUUUUUUGUUUUUUUCGAAUUUCCCCUUCUCUCUCGAUUCAAAUCUAUAUAUUUAUUCUACACCGAGUUUUCGGAUAUGUUGAUUUACAAGCCGAAGAAGAAUCAGGCCGGGAAGGCCGCCGGGAACCGCCGGCUUCUGGUUAGCAUCACCGUUCUGGGCAGCGCCGGUCCGAUCCGGUUUGUGAUGAACGAAGACGAUCCUGUGGCUGCGGUGAUUGUUACGGCUCUGAAGUACUAUGCUCGUGAGGGGAGGCUUCCGGUUCUCGGAUCUGAUUUCAAUAACUUUGUUCUCUAUUCGCCUAAUGCUGCGACUGAAGCUCUCAAUCCAUGGGACCCGAUCGGGUCACUCGGGGUUAGGAACUUUGUGCUGUCGAAGAAGCCUCAGCAGGAGAGAGCGGGCGAUGGGGCGAAUCAAACUGCUCCGAAGAGCUCAAGAAGCAUCUGGAAGACGUGGUUCAAUAAGACAAUCAAUCCCAGGAUUAUGUCCCAUUGAGGUAUACUACCAAUGAAAUUGUUCUCAAGGGAUUGUCAACUGUUCUUAAAAUUGUUCUUUGUCACUAUGAUUUGAUCUACUGUUUGUUUGUGAUGAACAAUAUGUGCCAUUGCCUUGAUAUCUUUGAAUAAAAGAUCAAAUUUGGCUCCUCAGUUGUGCCCUUUUUUAAGUCUUUUCUUUGGAAAAGAUUAGGAAUUUGCUUUGAGAUUUCUCACAGUUUACUUCAUUAAUGAUUCAUGAAGCUUUGGUGUGAUGGAAGGCUGUGUUUGCAUAAUGGUAGGGUUACUGAAUAUAUGACUGUUGUGGUUGGCUCUAGAGAGGCAAGAAAGUUCGUGUUCAUGUGAAAAACAUGGACCUGAUUGAAGAGUUUUUGCCCAUAAUUGUAUGAACUAUUCAACAUGUAUUUCAACUCAUGUGUUUGGUUUAGU